AUCGUGACUUAUCAAGCACACCAUUAAACAUCAUUGACAUUAGGAGCUAAGUAUCGCCGUUACCUAUCACGACACAGAGAUAAUAACAGUGAGAAAAUAUCUACACACCUUAAUGAUUGCUGACGAUCUUCGUCGCUAAUGUCCUUCGUCGUCGUCGUCGAGCAAAAUCAUAAAGAUUCAUCGUUCUGAAGAAAAAGCAGAGGCCAUGGCAGAGCGUGGGAGCGUGAUGCUGAUGCUCAACUUGAUGAUGAUGAUGAUGUUGUCGGCGACACCAGUGGCUGGUGACUGCGAGAAACUCGGGCCCUGCUCCUGUCAGUCAGAGAACGGGAUCAUCGAUUUGUCUCCCCUGGCAAGCUCCAGUGGUCCGGCAUUCAAAGAUCUGGCCGACAAGACGAGCAGCUGGAAGUACUCGUGGAAUCCCUGUACACCCUUCAGCGAGCUUCAGUGCUCGAACGUGCGGCAUGUCAGGUGAGCAUGGCAGGGACUGAGUCUUUUGAAAUCGGGAUGCAGGAUACGGUGACCUUCACUUCAAUCACCGGCUCUGAUGAUGUCUUGCUUACUUACACAAGUCCCUCCCCACAGGUUGUAAGAACCACCUUGGUGACACUGAAGUGUGACCCGACCAUCGAAAGCAACCUGGAUGUUGAAGGCGAGCAGGGCUAUGCCAUGUAUAUUAUGACACUGACGAGCAGGUAUUGUUGCCCUGGUGUGACAAACAUCAGCACCUCAAGUUUGUCACCUGGCACUAUCAUCCUUAUUGUUUUCGUGGGGCUGGCGCUGGUGUACGUGGUGGCGGGUGUGAUUGUUCAAAAAACUGUCCGCAAGGCAACAGGAAGGGAAGUCAUCCCCAACCACGAUCUCUGGUUCUCCUUACCUGGACUCAUCAAGGAUGGCUUCAGAUUCACAACAUCUUGCGGAAGGAUGAGAUACGAAAAAAUCUGACUUUCAGGCCAUAAGAGUGGAUGGGAAUGGUGGAUACUUUGUUCCUCUGAUGUUCUGAGAGAUGCAGCUACACAAUUGUUUUGACAGUAUGUUUACUUCCUGAUUGGCUAUAACUCAAAAAAUAUACAAGACAUUCUGUUUAUACACAAAUAGGUUAUUUAUAAUGCAUAAAAGCAGAUUAUUUAUAACAAACAUAGAUAUAUUUUUAUAAUACACAGUAAUAUUAUUUAUACUGCAAAACUUGCUUUCCAGACACGUGAUUUGAAAAAAGGUUAAAUUAGAGCUUUCUGAAGUCAAAUUGUUUUAAAAUGAAAAACACAAGUCUGUGUUGUGUGUGUGUGAGAAAAGAGAGGCUGUAAGAGUGUCAAACAUUUUUUCAUUGUUUUGUACACAUUCAAAGUGCAAAAAUAAAACUUGUUUCCUUUACUUUGUUCAGAAUGGGAUGAAUGAAUGUCUGCAAAUGAGAAAUAUAUGGAAGACAGGAGGAACAAAGAAAUAUUCCAAUGUACAGAUAGUAGUAAGCAAGAAAACUUGAUGGUAUAGAUGUGUUAAAGAGAUGUUCAUAGAAGCUACAAGAAGCGUGUAAGCAGACUGGGUAGAGACCUCUUAUAUACUUUAUUGUUUAUCGUCUACCUGUGCCUGUGCUAGUCUACACUCUCUGUAGUCCACUUGACCCAUUAAACGUGUCAGA